CGUGGAAUAGAGGCGUAUCCGCCGAGGGGGAGGGGCCUCGUCCUGACGUCAUGUAUUGUGAGCUGUCAAUUCCAAAACGAGACGCGUAGAACAAGAAAAAGUUGAAGCUGAGUGAGGAAAACUUUUGGAACCCAGUUUUCAUCUCAAGACCGCGAGGGGGGGGGAAACGGAGAGGCAAAACUGCAAAGCCUCCUGCCUUUUAGAUCCGGAUGCGGGAUACAAUAUCCGUCGCCCGGAGCCGAUAUAUGUCCUCGGACCUCGGGAGCAUAAAGCAAAGCUAGUUCACAGAAACGGAGAAAGGGAGCGCGGGAGUCAGCCGUCCGUGCACUCAGACUUAUGCGACGUCUAUCAGGGAGCGAUGGAGAUGGCAGAGUUGACCGUGGUGGCCAGCAGCUUCACAGCCUUCCAGCUCCUGUUCAAGGUGGCCAGCCCCCGCCUGUCGGGGGCGCUGUGCCCGGGGUAUCGACAUGUGCCAGCUCACAGACACACCGAGUGGAACUCCAGGCUGGUGUCCACAGUCCACGCGCUGAUUGUGGGCUUCUUCUGCCUGUACAUCCUGUGGUUUGAUGAUGCUGUCAAUGAAGACCCUGUCUGGGGGGAUCCCAGACUUGUGAAGCUCAACGUGGGGAUAACCUGUGGCUACCUCUUGUACGAUCUGGUGCUGUUGGCGUGCAACUGGAACACCAUAGGAGACAGCUUUUUCGUGUGCCACCACUUGGCGGCGCUCUAUGCCUAUGGAUAUGUGCUGAGCCGAGGACUUCUGCCAUAUUUUGCCAAUUUCCGUCUACUCUCUGAGCUGUCCACCCCCUUUGUCAACCAGAGGUGGUUUUUCGAGGCCCUCUCGUACCCGCGCUCCGACCAGCGUGUGGUGCUGAAUGGGGUGGCCAUGUCCAUUGUGUUCUUCCUGGUGAGGAUCGCCGUCAUCCCCUCGUACUACAGCCGGGUCCUCUCCACCGUGGGCACGACGGCCUUCGAGCGCCUGGGCCUAGGGGCGCAGGUGGCCUGGAUCCUGUCCAGCGUCAGCCUGGACAUCCUCAACGCCAUCUGGAUGUACCGGAUCUUGCGGGGGUGCUACCGCGUACUGACAGGCAGCCGCAGGAAAGCCAAACUGCCAGCCAAUGUCUCUAACAACCACAGAGACUAAGGGCGGCCCGCCCCUCUUCCCCCUCCACCUCAGGACACCUCAGAUCCCUGCCGCCCUGGCCGUUUGAUCCGCAUCAGGAGUCUCGCCCAUGAGCCUGCAGCAUCUUUCUGAACAUUUCUCAGGAUUUUGUACCACACCAAGAGGAAGUCUGAAUAGGAAGGUUAGAGUGGGGGGGUUAAAAUGUGAAAUAUACCCCUUUUUACCUGUUGGCAUCUGUGCCUGGUGUCGUGCCAGAAAACUGCUGCUGUUGAAAAGCUGACAUGGGUCAAACACACCAUGCAGCGAGAGUCUUUUUAUUUUGGGGCACCGCUCAUCCCACUGGUCCACCCCCCCCCCACGGCUCGUUUCAGCACUCCUCAAACCUGCCUCGAGAGCUGGGCACAAGUGGAUCUCGCACACAGUCCAUCCCCCUGUUUAGACACUGAGCUGCCUGUCUACCUGUCCCAGGGUUCCUGUCACCUCACUGCCACUGUCCUGGACAGGCAGGUGCCCCUCCCCGUUCUCCCCUCGUGUUUUCAGGAAGAUCAGGAAUACCUCACUCUCGUCACUGAACGCAGAGAUGGAAAUGCUGAAACGACACCGGGCACGAAACGGAGCAGGCUCAAACACUGCCAAAUCUAGUUGCCUGUUCCUUGUAGGUUCCAGAGGGAAUGUGAAUUCCUUGGACUCGGCGCCCUUGUACAGAAAUCAUCCCUCUCCUCCCACCCUUGUGUUGUUUUGUUCAUGAUGGUUAGCAGGAUGUCUCAAUGAUAAGCCCUCUUCCGCCACUCCUUUCUUUCCCAAGUGUGGAGUGGUCAGUGGCUUCCAGUUGUGUGUCAGUGUUGAAAAACAUUGGUACAAGAUUUAUUUUGUUUUGAGCCUUUAGACAGCACCCUCUGGUGGCACCAUAGAGCAGGGAGCUUGUUGAUUUUUUCAGGUGAAAGCACCUCGGUGCUUUGUCAGCUGAUCCUGGGGAAAGGGCACAGGCACCCCGAGAAAGGUGACUUAGUAUCUUUAUAAAUGCAAAACACUGAUGUCAGCCUGUCGUCAUUUCCGAUAUUAUAGGUACGAAGCAGCUGGUGUUAUCUACCAGGGCUUGAUUUUCUUUCUGGAUUCUCCAGACCCCAUGCAGUUGGCUUGAUGUGACUUAGAAUCCCGAUCACGUCAAACUCCCAGCAUACCUGCCAGUCCUAAAUUACAAACCCCAGCACAUCAAUGCAACCUGUGGUUAUGAGUGAAAAGUACAUCAGGUUGAGUGUGAUUUUGGUGGUUGUUGGCAUGUUGAGACAAUGGGAGUAUUAUCCGAUGGCAUUUAUUACAUUUCCCCAGUGGAUGAAGCAAUUUCCGAAUUUCCCGUCUCCGGAGGUAUCUGUGUGCACCGCGAGCCAGGUGGGAGUUUUGAUGCAGAAAUAAAGGAUGCUUGGAAUGAA